UCUUUAUAGACUUUGUGUUUUGUUCAUCAUUUGGAAACUGGUUUCAUAUUAUUGAUAACUGGUCACUUUUUGAGCGAGCUAUUGAUACAUUUUGAAAUGAGAUAGGAUAUAUGACAUUAUAGCCUAAUAAUUAUAGUAAUUGUUGCCUGAAUAUUUCUUAUAGCAUGUUUUUGUUUGCUUGUAUUGUAGAUAUUGGAGAAUAUGAUGAUAUAAAUGAUGACAUAAAUAAUGACAUAAAUAGUAGCAACAUAGCUGAUACCAAUGAAGUGUCUACCAACAAACUUGAUGAGGUUAAAACCCAUGAAGCUAUCAAUGAAUAUGACGAUAUUGGAGAAUAUGAUCAUAUAAAUGAUGACAUAAAUAAUGACAUAAAUAGUAGCAACAUAGCUGAUACCAAUGAAGUGUCUACCAACAAACUUGAUGAGGUUAAAACCCAUGAAGCUAUCAAUGAAUAUGACGGAGUGGAGAUGAUACAAGGUACAAAUAUUGAAAAUUCCGGACCGAACAAGAAGAUUGUUUUUUCUGGGGUUGAAAUUAAUCAUAUGCUGAAGAGUCGAGUGAUGAGAAUUAUGAUGAAGAGUAGGAUGCCAGUUAUGAUGAAAUAGCUUCUGACUGAUUCUGCCAAGUAGCAACAGAAUCACCUGAUUACUCCUCAAAAGAUUCUGAUUCUAAAUAUAAGGAACAGCAACAUAUGAAACGUUGCAUUGGUAAAACUUACCCCCCCCCCCAGAAAGGGAUGAGAAAACCAUGGACAGAGAUUGAAAAAGAGGCUGUAAAGAAAGGAUUACACAGAUGCUUUUUUUUAGUCAAGUUACCAUCAAAAAAGAGAGUGUGAAGAUCUAAUCAGUAAGGAACCAUGUUUAGAAUACAGAUCAUGGACAAUGAUAAAAGAUUCUGUGAGAACAUCAUUUAAGCAGCACAAAAACGUCAAAAUGAAAAGGAAAAAAAGAACAUAAAAUUGAUAAACCAGUGAAUAUAUUAUUAUGUCUGGAUAUCUACAUUUUUUUAAGUAUGCAGGAACUCAAAUUUCUCUUGUCAAAAUUGUCUCGAUAUCGCGUGGAACUUAAUUUAAAAUUUGCCUGAUAUUUUUGUGGUUUAUUGUUUUGCCUCAACGGAGUAGUGGCAACAUGUAGGGAUCCCUUCUCCGGCAUCUGCCACAAAACUUGUCUGGACUACUCCUCAGAAACUACUGGUGCAAUUUCAUGGAAACUUUACAGGAAUGCUCAGUACUAAGUCUAGUGUUUUACAAAGAACAGUUCAUCAAAAUAAAAUAUCGUAAACACCGCUUAUAACUAACAGCUCUAGACCUACAAAAAGUGUUUGUUUUUUAAGGAGUAUGUAAUAGAUAUUUAUCUUCUGUUUUGUUAUUUUAAGCUAGAUUUUUUUUCCAAAGAAAAAAAUAUAGAGGAAUUGCCACAGUCAGGUUCGCGUUCCCGUAUCCUGUUGCUAUUGUCAUCCAAAAACUUUAACAUUGAUCAUUAUUUUUAGAUCACCUGUCAAAAAGUGACAGGGUGAGCUUUUGUGAUCACUUUUCGUCCAGCAUCUGUCUGUCCGUCCGGCGUCCGUAAACUUUUACUUAAAAUGACAUCUCCUCAUAAACCACUAAGCCAAUUUCAUCCAAACUUCAUAGGAAUGUUCCUUUGGUGGUCACCUUUAAAUAUUGUUCAAAGAAUUAAAUUCCAUGCAGAACUCUGGUUGCAAUGGCAACCCAAAGAAAAAACUUAAAAUAUCUUCUUUUAAAUAACCCAAAGAGCUGGAGCUUAGAUAUUUGGCAUGAAACAUUUUCUAGUCAGUGUCUACUAAGUUUGUUCAAAUAAAAGCCCUGGGGUCAAAAUUGGCCCCGCCCCAGGGGUCAUUGAUUUUCACUAUAUGCAUAUAGUAAAAACUUUAAAAAUCUUUUUUUAAUUUAGAUUCCAAAGAGCUACAGCUAAGAUAUUUAGCAUGAAACAUCUUCUAAUGAAUGUCUACCAAGUUUGUUCAGAUAAGAGCCCUGGGGUCGAAAUUGGCCCCGCCCCAGGGGUCAUUGUUUCCCCUAUAUGUGUAUAGUAAAAACAUAAAAUAUCUUCUUUUAAAAAAAAACAAAUAGCUAGAGCUUAUAUAUUAAGCAUAAACCAUCUUCUAAUGAAUGUCUACAAAGUUUGUUCAAAUAAAAGCCCUGGGGUCAAAAUUGAUUCUGCACUGGGGGUCAUUGAUUUUCCUUAUAUGCAUAUAGUAAAAACUUUAAAAACUUUUUUAAUUUAGAUUCCAAAGAGCUAGAGCUAAGAUAUUUAGCAUGAAACAUCUUCUAAUGGAUGUCUACCAAGUUUGUUCAAAUAAGAGCCCUGGGGUUGAAAUUGGCCCCGCCGGGGGGGGGGGUCAUUGUUUUCCCUAUAUGUAUAUAGUAAAAACUUAAAAAAUCUUCUUUUAAAAAACCCAAAUCGCUAGAGCUUAUAUAUUUAGCAUGAAACAUCUUCUUUUGGGUGUCUACCAAGUUUGUUCAAAUAAAAGCCCUUGGGUUAAAAUUGGCCAGGCCCGGGGGUCAUUGUUUUUCAUUACAUUGUAUAAUUAUGUGUGUAGUUUGUUCAAAUAUCAGCCUUGGGGUUUAAACUGGCCCCGCUCUGGGGGCCUGUAUACAGGUGAACAACUUCAGGGCCAUCAUGGCCCAUUUGUUUUAUUACUUGGUGUAUUGUCCUUAUACUUGGGCACAAAAGUCAUUUGGAAAAGACCAUCAAGCAGACUAGACUAAACUUGGCAUUGACUUUCAAUUGAAAAUGGAACUUUGCUUGUAAUUAGCAAUAAGUAGUUGUAACUUUGUUACUUAUGAAUGGAUUGUCUUCAUACUUAGACACAAUCAACCUUUCAGCAAAAGAAUUUGAGAAGACGAAGCUAAAGGUGACCUUGACUCUUAAAUGGUCAUGACAUUUAGGGUACAAAUAUGUUAUUUCACUUGAUUUUUAGUUCAACUAUUGGCAGAAUAUUCGAGCUAUUGCAGUCACCCAUUUUUCGGCGUCCCUGUGGUUAAGUUUUUGUGCUUUUUGGCUGAUAUCUCCCUAACUUUGGAAGGGAAUGGAUUGAAACUCUACACACUUCUUUUCUCUGAUUAUCUAAGAUGAUUUGCACAAGUCCAAUAACUCUGAUUUGCUAUUUUGCAUAUUUAUGCCCCUUUUUUGAGUUAGAAAUAUUUGGUUAAGUUUUAGCGUGUAAGCCGAUAUUUCCAAAACUAAGAAAGGGAAUGGAUUUAAACUCCACACGCUUCUUCCCUGUAAUUAUCUCACAUUAUUGGCACAUUUCCCAUAACUCUGAUUUGGCUGAGGGACAAUUUGAGCCGUGUCACGACAAAACCAACGUAAUGCGUUUGCCACCAGCAUGGAUCCAGACCAGCCUGCACAUCCGCACAGUCUGAUCAGGAUGCAUGCUGUUUGCUAUCAAUUUCUCUAAAUAGGGUUUGUAAGGGAACAGCAUGGAUCCUGAUCAGUCUGCACGGAUGAGUCCAAACUUUGGUGUUGAAGUAAUUAUUGUAUUAUGAUCAAAUGAGUUGAUACCUGCCAUAUUGAAGCAGCAUGUACUUUGAUUUAACAUAAACAUUUGUAAUGCGAUUUCAUCCUAUUUUGGUCUGAAAUUUCUGUGUGAAAUCUUGAUGGAAUUUCGAUCCACAGACAUAUAUCAAUAGAAGCAGUAUAUGUUUUAAAGUGUGCAUUUGCUUUUUUUAUUCCCCGCCAAUGGAAACGAGAGGAUAUUGUUUUGGCAUUGUCCGUCCGCCCUCUUUCCGCGCUAGCAAUUAUUGGCUGGAAUUCAGCGAAACUUUAUGGGAACCAUCAAUACCAAGAGAUGCGCAUAUCUUUGCCUUGUUCCUGUCAGACCUUCCAACACAGAGUGAUGGCCCUUGAUUAGUAUGCAGUAUGUGUAAAAAGCAAUAAUCGUUACCGCGCUGUUUCUCUGCAACUACUGGCUGGAAUUCAAUUAAACUUUAUAGGAACCAUUAAUACAAAAAGGCAAUUUGCAUCUCAUUGGCAUGCCCAGAUAAUACUAUCUAACACUGAGUUAUGGCCCCUGUUAUUGCUCUGAAUAUUUAUCAUGUACAAAGAAUAUUACUGUUUACGCCAUGAUAAAUAUAUAAAAAUAAAGCCUUAUGUCUCCAGUUAUUGUGUUAGUAAUAACCAGUACUCGACAGGGGGACAAAUCAAGGAAUUUGCUUGUAUAGAAGUAAAAUUCGAGGCUGAACAAUCAACAUUUGAGGAAACUUAAAUGAAAUGCUUAAUGAAAACAAUGCUAAAUUAGUUUGCAAGUUUUGAAAGAUAAUAAUAUUAUAUUCAUUUCAAGAGAAAAAAACUUUAAUUAUCUUGUUUACAUGCCAUGUUUUGUAUAUGAAACAUUGAAGUGGAUAUAAUGUAAUCAAAACAUUCAGAAUACAUCAUAUUGUUCAGCUGUU